AUGGCGGAGAGACAGCAGCAAGUUUACUUGGCUAGACUAGCAGAGCAAGCUGAGAGAUAUGAUGAGAUGGUUGAAGCAAUGAAGAAGGUUGCAAUAUUGGAUGUGGAGCUGACUGUGGAGGAGAGGAAUCUGGUGUCAGUUGCGUAUAAGAAUGUAAUUGGGGCAAGAAGGGCAUCAUGGCGUAUUUUGUCAUCCAUUGAACAAAAGGAGGAGGGUAGGGGGCACGAGCAAAAUGUGAAAAGGAUAAGGGAUUACCGACAAAGGGUUGAGGAUGAGCUUACAAAGAUAUGCAGUGACAUUUUGUCAGUAAUUGAUGAACACCUGCUCCCAUCAUCCUCAACUGGAGAAUCAACUGUUUUCUACUAUAAAAUGAAGGGAGAUUACUGUCGUUAUUUAGCCGAGUUUAAAACAGGAAAUUAUCGUAAAAAAGAGGCAGAUCAGUCAAUCAAGGCUUAUGAGGCUGCGACUAAGAUUGCUUCCUCUGAUCUUCCCCCAACCCAUCCAAUUAGGCUCGGUUUGGCUUUGAACUUUUCUGUUUUUUACUACGAGAUCUUUAACUCCCCCGAAAGGGCUUGCCACGUAGCUAAACAUGCAUUUGAUGAGGCUAUUGCAGAACUUGAUAGCCUCAAUGAAGAAUCCUAUAAGGAUAGCACUCUCAUUAUGCAGCUUCUUAGGGAUAAUCUCACACUAUGGACCUCAGACCUUUCAGAAGAGGGAGGUGAGCAAUCUAAGGGUGAUGAACCUCAGGGGGAGAGUUAGUUGAAUAAACACAUCAAGAUUCUUUGAGACAGUGGACUAAAUGAUGUGGAGGUGCCUUAUUGUGAAAAUCGUUGUCAUUAUAGGGACUAUUGGCUUGUGUUUUAUCCGCAUUCCCAUUCUCCCAAUGUAAUUGUUGUCUUUACAGUUAAACAGAUUACUACACUACGACGUUUGUGUUGUGAAUUCUUUACAAGUUGAAUAUGAAGCCGUUCAACCAUUUCUUUGGUUGGCUUUGAGUGUGGUAAAUUUUGAUUUCUUU